AAUCAACGUGUUUCGGCCACAUUGCUUUACACUGAUGCUGUGUUCGCUGAGUGGAUCCACACAUCUGCAUCCGUCCAUCAGCUCCACAUCAGCAGGCUCCGGUCAGCAGCCCCGCACCCUGCACCGCCCGCCCUCCCGCCCGGCGGGAACCCGCUGACGAAGCACCGCCCGGCUGCGCUGUAGCCCGCCCGGCGCACGGACUCUCCAGGACAAUGGCAGAGGAUUUGGGGAGGGGGGCGCCUCAGUCGUGUACCAACAACAGGUCGCAUGGAUAAUCCCGCAUCAGCAGCCAGUGUUCGGGGGGAUCAGAGCGCCGCUGUCGGCCUGAUGUGGCUGGAGAGCCGUGCGGGGCUCCACGUCCUGGCUGCGCUCUGAGGAAGAGGAGGAGGAGGAGGAGAGCGGCGUGGAGCAGGUGUAGUGUGGCUGGGGGGCUCAGCAGGAUGGAAAUAGAUGCCCGCUUUCGCUAUUAUUUCCAGCACCCAUGGUCGCGUCUCAUCGUGGCCUACCUUGUCACCUUCUUUAACUUCCUCAUCUUCGCCGAGGACCCCAUCUCUCACAGCCAGACCGAGGCCCAUAUGAUCGUGGUGGGCAACUGCUUCUCCUUCCUGUUCAACAAGUACCCAGGUCUCGGAUGGAACAUCCUGAAAGUAAUAUGCUGGACGCUGGCCACGAUCACCGGUAUGCUAGCCGGGAAGUUUAUAUUCCACCGCCGGCUCUUUGGCCGAUACCUGCGCCUGAAAAUGUUCCGCGAGGAUCAUGGCUCCUGGAUGACCAUGUUCUUCAGCGCCAUCCUCUUCAUCUUCAUCUUCUCGCACAUCUACAACCUUAUCCUGCUGGUGGUUGGGAGCAUGAGGCCUCACAUGGUGACAGAGUACAUGGGCAUCAGGAAUGAGAGCUUUAUGAAGAUUGCUGCCGUGGGGACGUGGAUGGGAGACUUUGUCACUGCUUGGAUGGUGACAGAUAUGAUGCUCCAGGAUCAGCACUAUCCAGACUGGGGCAAAGCAGCCAGGAGAUUCUGGAAACAGGGCAACAACAGGAUUGUCCUCUUCUGGGCGGUGCUCUUCUCUCUGACGUCGGUGGUGGUUCUGGUCAUCAGUACGGACUGGAUCAGCUGGGACCACCUGAACCGCGGCUUCCUGCCCAGCGAUGAGGUCUCCAGAGCCUUCCUGGCCUCCUUUAUCUUGGUCUUCGACCUUCUCAUUGUCAUGCAGGACUGGGAGUUCCCUCACUUCAUGGGCGACCUGGAUAUGAAUCUACCAGGGAUGUCAACAACGCAUGUGAAGGUCAAACUCCCCGUCUGCAAGAGUAUCUUUAAAGAGGAGUACCACAUUCACAUCACAGGCAAGUGGUUCAACUACGGAAUCAUCUUCCUCGUGCUGAUUUUGGAUCUCAACAUGUGGAAAAACCAGAUCUUCUACAAACCCUACGAAUACGGUCAGUAUGUCGGGCCUGGAGAGAAGAUCUUCACAGUGGAGGAACCGGAAACACUCAGGCACUUCAACCGCAGCACGCUCACCUACGAGUGGCGCUCCACCAACAUCAACCCCGCCACCAACCUGAGCUACGUGGAGCGGGACAUGUUCCUCCACAGCCGCUACGUCGGAGCCAGCCUGGACAUCAAGUGCCUGGCCUUCAUCCCCAGUCUGGCGGCGUUCCUCCUUUUUGGCUUCUUCAUCUGGCUCUUCGGGCGAUUUCAGGACAGUGAGACCUUCACGGAAAACCAAGACAAAUCGUACGAGAGGAUAAAGAGGAAGUCGCCGUCCGAGUACAGCAAGGAAAUGGGCGUGACACCGGAGGAAACACAAAUGACGAUGAGCGACAGUUUGAGACGAUCGGGAACGCCCAUGCUUCUGUCAGUGGACGAGCCACAUUUCGGAGCGACGCCCUCCACGAACUCGACUAUUUCCAUGGAAACCCAAGAGACGCAUCCAAGCAUUGUGAUUGACAGUGCGGACCAGGAGGAACCAGCCGUCUCUUUUGAUGUGCACAAGCUCUCUCCGUGACCUUAUGAACUCAUGAGACUUUAACUAUAUAACUGCUGAGCAAGGGAUCAACAUGUGGCUCGUCUAGAUGUUGAGUUGCUGCUUUUCUUCGGACAAGACCUCGCUGCGACAGAAAGAAGUUGAACACAACUUGUUACGAGAGUCAAGUGGAGGACAAAGUGAGAUUCACACGGCUCAUGUGACAGCUGCUGCAGUUGUAUUGAUAUAUUUUUCUAAACCAACCUUUUAAAAGUAAAGCCAGAGAAACGGCACCAAUUUCCAUAUCAGGAUGGAAAUUAAAACAGAAUGCAAAUACCUAAAUGGUGCUCACUCGAGUUUUGCAUUUUCAUAAUUCAACUUUGUCAUGGUAACUAUUUCUGUGCCUAUAUCAGAGGAGUAUUUCUCCAGUCGUAUCACGCCAGUGUUACAGAUACAGUUAGUGCCUUGAUAUGAUAUGAUUCAGACAGAAACAUAUUAUAACUGUCUAUAAUACUAUAGACGACAAAAUGGAAGAUGUCCCUGUUAUGAUCUGUUAAUGUUCUAUUUAUGCUUUCAUAUCAAACUCUAUGGACAAUUGUUACCACGUUUGAUUGUCAGAUCUUUUCAUUUUAAUUUAUUUUCACGUGGCGUCUCUCUUUCUCGAGUUUAAACGCAUCAUUCUUGUCGAAAUGAUACGAUUGAUAUGAAUGAUAUGAACAUCAAUAUAUUUGAUGAUCUAUUUAUACACCCUCGCUUGAUAUUAGUUGCAGAGAUAAUAAAUGCAAUCAGCGGAGAUCAAGUACCAAAUAAACGAGCGCAUCUCAUGAUUGCUUAUGUGGCUGCUGCACCAAGACUGAAUACCAACAGAGCGAGAAAGGUGGUUUUGCCCUUGGCAUAAACAUGCAUUUGAAGUGCGGGAGAAGGCUUUUGCUCUAAAGCUCAGGGCACCUUUAUGUCUAGAUAAACCUUGAAAGGUUUAGAAGCAGUUUUGCAGUCAUGGUUAACGCAUGGAAAAUAUUUAUUUGAAACAUCCUACUGUAAAAAAAUAAACCUCGGUUUCAAACACAACUUAAACCUGCAGCUUUAAUCUUUACACUGGCUUUAAAUGUGUUGCCGCCUUUUUAAAUUAUUUUCCUUUGGUGUGCCAUUUCUUUAAAAUACAAAUAUUUUCGUUCCAAAAAGUGUCCAGAUUGAUUUUUUUUUUCCAUAAAGUGCAAGUAUCAACUAAACUCUUACUAAACUACUAAUUUUUCCAUGUAAGUGCAUCAUGUAUAACGGCGUACUUUACAUAUAUAUCUAACCAAAGAUUCCAAAUAAUAGUUUUUAACAUAUUGUGCUGUUUACGAAAAUUUGCUAAUUUUGUAGUAUAUGUCUUAACCAUAGACUGUACAUAAAGAUGGACGGAAUGACUCCCCAAAGGUGAAGCCAAAGCGUCUCAAUCGCCACCUGGUGGCUGGCUGCAGUAUCAGCCAUAAACCCUACCUCCUCCAUGUUAAUGGUUAGGACAUCAAAUAGGUUUUUCCUCAAAGGUUUCUUUCAUUUUAGGAAGUUUUUAGUGAGUGUUCAUUUUAUCCAUUGGUUUUGUUUUAGUUAGUUAUUUGAUGCUAUAAAAAUGGGGUGAAACAUCAUGAUUGACAGCUGAGCCUGACUCGUAAUUCAAGCAUGUGGAUCGCUGCUACAUUCAUCGCUACGGCACAGAUGCUGGCUCCAAAAUGGCAGUAUUCGUAUCCGGGAUAUUGUAGCUUCAUUUCUGCAUAGUGGGAGGAUGUGGAGACAUGUCGUCCAUCUUUGUAUACAAUGUAUGGGCUUAGCCAAGUCAAAUUUUAAUUUAAAGAAAAUCGAGCCAAACAAUUGGAAAAUUAUUGAAACUACAAAAUACUUUUACUUUAUAUCACCUUACUGGUACACUAAUCUGAUCGGUGUAUAUACUCCUGAGAGUCAGAGUGGAAUGAUAUAUGCUCUUGCAUCACUCUGCAUUAUUAUACACUGUAAUGUACUGUAGUCUUUUCCCUAAAAAGAGUAACCUACUAAAAAUAACUGCUCCCAAACACCUCGGUCCUGAGAAAUAUGUUGUGCAGCAUUAUUCACUGUCAAAUUAUCCUGCUUUGUUGCUGAAGUUUCCCCACAGACGAUAUAACGUUCCCCCAACAGCACAGGGAAGAGAAGCCUGGAGUCUGCCACCAGAAUACUACAGUGUUUUACAGUGCUUGAUUAUAAUCAGUUAAUAAAUGGAUGGGCUUUAUAUACUCAAGUAAUGAUUAACAAUAAAAAUAGUAGGUUUAUGAUUUUAUAAUAAACUUGCUAAUAUGCUAAUUACUAAGAAGACUUUAAAGAUAUUUCCUGGGGUUAUGUUUUUGAUUAUCAUUGUCUAUCAUGAAAUUAAUUCCGCUGAUUUAGCUUUUACAGAUUUCAGUACAAGGUUCAAUCCAUUUUUAAAGACAACAUCUUAAUUUUAAAUGGGUGCCACCUAAUCUAGCUCUGAUUGGCCUACUGCUAUUUAUUGGAGCCAAUCAGAGCUCCUGCUGCUGCUGUUGGGGUUUGGUUUGAUUUCAUUUUUAGAUGAGAAACAGCUUAAAUAUCUUUAAUUAAUGAGACGUGUUUAAAUUGAAGCAAACCCUAAAUGGAAAUUGUAAGUGGUUGACAUUAUUUAUAAAUACUUCAAAGUUGGAAUUAGAACUGAUUUUAUUUUGGUUUAGAGAUAAAUAUGGCUUCAAAUAGCUUUUGUACACUUGUUACAUGUUUUAUAAAUUAUAAUAAAGCACUGUUAAACUGUAUAAUUAUUGCAGUGGCACUCUUCACACUCUAUACGUAAUGCUCUGUGAGGGGUGUGUGUUCAUUAUGGGGGCAUAGGCGACUAUUAGUGUAUGCAAAGAAUACUUAAUAGUACAUGGUGUGUGUGUGUGUUUGUGUGUGUGUGUGUGAGUGCACUGCAGGCUUGUGAAGUGUUUACUACAUUGUUUUUGACAAAGGCCAUUCUGUGAAGAGGUCAUUUUAUUUAGCAUAAUUGUUUUCCAGCUCUUGGUUCUGUAAUUAUCCUUUUAUACAUUACAGCCCUAUGAGGACAUUAGAUAUUAGUGUUUAACCAAAGGGCAGAACCUCUUAGGACUUGAAGAGAGUCUAAUAUACAUGUCAUGUAAUGUGUCUCGCUUAACAGUUGCUCAUUCUUUUUAUUGUGUUGACACUUUCUUUAGUUCCUGUGUGUUUGUGUUUUUUAAAGCAGACAUCUCCUUUCAGUGUUUGCUCAGUGUACUGAAUGUCUGUUGAACCUUGUGUUACCAAUAAAUUUAAUACAUUUGUUAUAUACUAUAAA